CCAGGACCGAAGAUGUCAGUGUUGUGGACUGUUGUCCUGCUCAACAGCCUGCUGAUCCCUUCACAAGGAUUUAUAAUCCCAUUAUCAGUUGCCAGACCAGAUACGAAUGGUUUUAAAGGUUCACCAGCCAAAGAUGUUCCCCAGAGAGCUUCAAGUGGUCUCCUUGGUGGCAAUCUGCUUGGUGGUCUCCUUGGGCAAAAAGGACUUGUUGGAGGUCUCCUUGGUGAAAACGGUCCUGUAGGUGGUCUCCUUGGAGAAAGAGGACUUGUUGGAGGUCUCCUUGGUGAAAAUGGUCCUGUAGGCAGUCUCCUUGGGCAAAAAGGACUUGUUGGAGGUCUCCUUGGAGAAAAUGGUCCUGUAGGUGGUCUCCUUGGAGAAAGAGGACUUGUUGGAGGUCUCCUUGGUGAAAAUGGUCCUGUAGGUGGUCUCCUUGGAGAAAAAGGACUUGUUGGAGGUCUCCUUGGUGAAAACGGUCCUGUAGGCAGUCUCCUUGGAGAAAAAGGACUUGUUGGAGGUCUCCUUGGUGAAAAUGGUCCUGUAGGUGGUCUCCUUGGUGGAAAUGGUCUCCUUGGUGGAGAUGGUCUUCUCAGUGGUCUCCUUGGCCAAGAUGGUGUAGUUAGUGGUCUCCUUGACCAAGAUGGCAUCCUGGGUGGUCUCCUUGGCAAAGGUGGUGUUGUUGAUGGUCUCCUUGGCAAAGAUGGCCUUGUUGAUACUCUCCUUGACACUGUCCUUGACCUUCUCAUUGGCAAGAACGGUCUCCUCGGCAGGAAUGGUCUCGUUGGCAGCCUCCUUGGCAAAAAUGGUGAAGAACUCAUUGGACUGAGAAUUGUGAACAACACCCUCCCCAAAAUCAGUCUGCGCUCCCUGCCGGGCUUCGGGCACCAGGUGGACUUCAAGACGCAGCUGCUGGUAGAGAGCAGGUAG